UUUCACUCCCUGUAUGUCAGUUUACGCGGGAAUCGAACGUUUGGAAGGCUUACGGCUGGAGGUGCGGUUUCGCGUUACGAACAAAGCUCCUAAUGAAGUGCACAAUUCCUGAAAUAUCGUGGCACAACCGUGAUCCAGUCCUCAGUGUAGAUAUCCAGCUUGCUUGUAAGAAUGAAAAUUUUGAGAGGUUAGCUACAGGUGGAACAGAUUCUCAUGUUGUCAUUUGGCAUGUUGAAAUACAAGGCACAGGGGCAGUGAAAGUUGAAUUUGCUGCAGACCUGCAGAGACAUCAGAAAGCUGUCAAUGUUGUUAGGUUUUCUCCAUCUGGUGAAUUUCUUGCAUCUGCAGAUGAUGAGUCUGCGAUUAUCAUUUGGAAACAGAAGACUGAUCAGGAUGCACCAGAGCUUCCACUUGGGGACAGUGAUGUCAUAACAAAGGAGCAGUGGCUGGGCAUUAGAGUUCUUCGGGGGCACAUGGAAGAUGUUUAUGAUCUGUCCUGGUCACCAGAUUCUCUGAAUCUUAUUUCAGGGUCUGUUGACAAUUCUGCCAUUUUAUGGGAUGUUCAUAAAGGUCGUAAUCUUGGAUUGCUGAAGGAGCACAAGGGUUUCGUGCAAGGUGUGGCAUGGGAUCCUCUGAACCAGUACGUGGCCACUCUAAGCAGUGAUAGGAUGUGUCGAGUAUACAAUGUCAACAGCAAAAAACUGGUGAGUCGUGUUAGCAAGGCCCAAUUGCCAGUUCCUGACAGUUCUCACCUACAUGGCAAGGUGGUGCGCUUGUUCCAUGAUGACACGCUGAAAUCCUUCUUCCGGCGACUCUGCUUCUCACCAGAUGGACAACUCCUAAUUGUGCCUUCUGGUAUUAUUGAAUACCCCGAUAGUGAUAAGAGCAGUAAUGCUGCAUUCAUUUUCACACGUCGCAUGCUUAACAGGCCUGCUGUAUACCUUCCCUCGAAUAACCAAUACACGGUAGCAGUGCGGUGUUGUCCCCUGCUUUUUGAGUUGCGAGAUAGAGAGUCAAUGUUUGCACUGCCAUACAGGAUGAUACUUGCAGUGGCUACUCAGAACUCUGUGCUACUUUAUGACACACAGCAACCUGAGCCAUUUGGUAUUGUCUCGAACAUCCACUAUACUCGCCUCACAGAUCUCACUUGGUCAAGCAGUGGAAGAAUGCUGGUUGUUUCAUCUACAGAUGGCUACUGUUCUAUUGUUACUUUUGCUGUUGGAGAGUUGGGGGUUGUGUAUGCCCCUAGGAAAGAGACACCAACAAGUAAGGAAAGAGCUGUUGAAGACACUGAAGGAACUGGUAACUGCAGUGAAAAGGUCUCCAAAGAGACAGCAAGAAUAGAAUUGUCUGAAGGAACAGACAAACCUGAAGGUUUCUUGGUUACACAAGAACUCCACAGCAACGAUACUGCUGUAGAGUCUUGUGCUUCUGAGAACAAACUUGACAGUCAUAAAUACGACAAAACAGUGGAACAGUCACCCAGACCACUUGUUUUUGAAGAAGAAGUAAGUUCUAACACUGAAGAAAAGUCAGAGUAUAUAAAGAUUCCAGAUUUACAGAAAAAUGAAAGUUUCAGAACUAAUUCUUGUGGAAUAAGUGAGUGUCUUCCUAAACAAGAGAAAAUUCAUAGAAGAAUAAAACCAGUCCUGUUAUCAAGCCCCAGAAAAGUGUUAACCAAAUCCUUGGGUUCCACUGAUGUGUCCGAACGGAAGAAGGAAGUGUCACUGGUAAGGACACCUAAAAGAAUUUGUCCAACCAUGACAUCUACAUCCACCAAGUCUUUGGAUUCCGAGUCAAAUGAAGUAAAAGAGUUGGGAGAUAUCGUAGAUGUUUCAAAAACAAUCCCUCCAUCCUCUUCACAAUGCUCUCCAUAUGAGAAAGCAGUAUCUGAAUGCUGUAAUAGACCACCUAGUGAGUCUGGCACCUGCAUAAAGCUUCUGCCAGCAUCAGACAAAACUUUAAUUAAUGAAACGCCUUCAGCUGAAUCUACUGGGGAAAUGGAUGCAGUGAAAAGUUCUGAUACCCAAAAUUGGGGAGCAUCAUGUGACCUAAUGCAUACAGAAACUGAAUCUGUCACUCAUAAAAAUGAAGAUCCUGUCAUUUCAUCAAGUGAGCUAGAAAGCAUAGGCAGCUUGACGACGGAAAGUAGGUGUGCAACUAAAUGUGAAUCCAUGGAAACAAGUAUGAAUGCUACAUCCCCUGCUUCACCACUGCCAUCUGGUGCCAUGCCUGGGCAGGAUAAGAGAACCCCCAGAAGAGUGCAACUCAUUACAUUAUCCAGUCCAAAGAGCAAGAAGAAGCUACUGUAAAGAACAUCAAUAUCUAACAGACUAUGUUUAAACUGAGAAGGUUGGGAGGUAGUGGUCAGCAUUAAAAAUAUAAUUCAACUUAUUGUUUUCAUUCAUAUAACAUGUCAGCUUUGAUAGUCAAUAUCUUUGGAACAAAAUGACAUGUAGUUACAACUCUUGCGCGGAGAGAGAGUCAUUGUAUGUGUUCAAAGUGACCAACAUCAGCGGCUAAACAGCGUCGAUGCUGCCGAACUGCUGAGCGAACUACAGCUGUCAGUGUGUCCAGUGUGGUGGCUGCACAGGACGCUUCGAUGGUUUCUUAUAGCGCAUUCAGUGUAGCUGGCUUUUGUCGAUAAAACUUCAUCCUUCAAGGUUUCCCAUAGGUAGAAGGCGAGAGGUGUUAGGUCUGGAGACCAUAGCACCUCUUCGACCUAUCCAUCUUCCAGGUAGUGUGUCAUCCAAGUACACCCUGACAUCUCGAUGGUAGUGAGGUGGAGCACCAUCUUGUAGGUAAAAUCUCUCAUCUCCAAAUAGCUCUCAAAUGGCAGGGAAAAUUGAUGUCUGAAGCAUAUCGAGAUACACCUGACCAGUUAAGGUACCUUCAAAGAAGAAAGGAUCAAUGAAACCGUGCGAUGACAGACCACACCACACAUUAACGCUGGCAGAUUCACUUCCUUGUUCGACAUGUUGGUGGCCAAGUUCCAAACUCACUCUGCCAUUGUCGUACCUCUUUAAUGUUUUCGUACUUCCAGUACCACUUCAAUAUAGCCUUGCGUUGCUCAAAGAACAACUUUUCAGCUAUUGUUGCUGUCUUCUGCUCACAGUGUGCAUGCGACAUGACACUCACAUGACUCAUGUGACCUUCGCUAGCUGUUGAGAAAACAUUACACUACAGCGCAAGAAUUGUAACUACAUGUCAU